GCCCGCAUGUGGUGUGCCCGUUCGGUUGCCCGGGACUGCAGGCUUCCGGGGUAUUUCCCAACUGAAGACGCUGUACGUCACACAGGUGCUUUGAUUUGACUUGCGGUUUCCCAGUGAACUUAUUUUGCUUCCUGAUUCGUCCCUGAGGCAGUGAGUAUGCUGAUCUGGGGUCUGGCGCAGCUGGUUCUGACAGUGCUGUACAUUUCUGAGCAUUGAAUCGCAUCCUUGCCUGAAAUUCAGGCCUUAUUGCGUUCAAUGGAGUCUACCUUACUGGACUCACAAGGACCCAAGCUAGACCUAUGCACUUGUCGCGUUUUGAAGAAUCUUGCCACGUUCGGUACUCUCGAGGUCACGAAGUUAUCAGUCUGUCCAACAACUCAGCCAUUGGCGUCGCCCCUCAGGAAGAUAACAAGCUCCAUUGUUAGUAUCCCCCAUUUCGGAAAUUCGGUUCCAAUGACGACACCCAACGAUUCAGCGGAAUCUACAGACACUGAAGAGGCUGAUAUGCCUCUAGCUUGUGUUAAUGAGCUUUCAAAAAAUCUACAUUGGCUUCUUAAUCUCUUUCGGGCCUCCCCUUCGAGGGAUCCGGAUACCACGUCUCACGGCCUUGCCUCACUUACCAGGUGGAAAAAGUCUCAAGAGUUUGGCUCCGAAAACUCCCACCGAGUUCAAGUCAACGGAGAAGUGCUUAUGAAGUCACUGAUCCCGUUUUUCCCUGGAAAAUGGCGCUUCGAGUAUGCAGAUCCAUCCUUAUCUUUGGACCAAGCGGUUCAGUGCAAACCUGCUCAAUGGGUUCAGCUUGCUGGACAUGAAGGCAGUUUAUUACCUACCGGGACGGGAAGUUUACUGAAAGAAUACAACAAGUGUGAAGCGUUGUGUUUGAAGCGGCUGCAGUUUGAUGCCCUGCGACCACACGUCCCCAAGUAUGAAGGCGAAAAACUGUUGGGAAGUACACGUUACGUGCAGAUGCAAGAUCUAUUAUUUGGCGUCCAGUCGCCGUGCAUCAUGGACUGCAAGAUGGGUACGCGAACAUUUUUGGAGGACGAAGUCAAUGAUGCGGUCACCAAAAGAGAUUGUCUCAGGCCGGAUAUGUACAAGAAGAUGAUUGACAUUGAUCCUGACGCGCCGACUCUGGACGAACACAGGCAGGCGGCUGUGACCAAAUUACGGUAUAUGCAGUGGAGAGAAGCACUGAGCUCAACAGCAUCUCUCGGUUUCCGAAUUGAAGCUGUCAAGAAGUCUGAAUUCCCCACACAGCGAGAUUUCAAACUAACUCAAUCUCGCGAACAGGUGAAGAACAUCCUCAGGGAUUUCGUCCAGUCGGAUCAACAUAUCUGCGAGCUAUACCACCGACGUCUAACUCUCCUUAAGUCGUCCUUGGAAGCCUCCAGGUUUUUCGCGGAACAUGAGUUGAUCGGUACCUCCCUGCUGUUCGCUCACCGCGGUCGCGAUUGGGCAAAUGUGUGGAUGAUUGACUUUGCGAAGACUGUCCAUCAUCCUGGUUUAGUACUCAAUCAUGGGACACAGUGGCUCAUGGGGAACCACGAGGAUGGCUAUCUCCUUGGAUUAAACAAUCUAAUUGAUCUUUUUCAUACCCUGAGCUGUGAGUUGUCAUGAAUGGUCAAAUCGGGGCCAAUGGUUUUCUGUCGUUGGAGCAACAAAACUUUCUUGUUGCCCUCUCUUCGCAAUAGUUACCUGACACCCAAUCAAAAUGCAUCGUAUUCCCAAUUACACAGUCUUUCCGUUUAGUGCUCAUCACACACAUCUCAGCGAAUACUUGGGACUUGUUUGUUUUUGUAUCCUAUUUUUGUACCGUUCGUUUUUUCUGAAAAAAAACAGUGUUUAUAUUGAUCAACCUUUUGUUUAACCAUACUUCACAUAUAUAACAAUUUGCUGAGAAAUCGACGUGUGUACAGACAUCUAGAGCCUUCUUUGUAGCACGUUGAAUGAGUUCCGUGCCAGUUCUUUAUCAUUCCGCACAAUUUGAAUCUGUAUCAUGGUAGGUGAGUCUUUCGGCUAUUUUCCUGUUGCCCCUUAUUGAUAAUCCAAUGAAUCACAUUGGAUUCAUACAUACUCUGUUUUUGUGAACACAUUUGGUCACAAUAAACCCAAGCUUUUGUUCUAUGGUUCAUAUGCAUAUGUCACUACGAUGGUUCAAAUCAUUCGCUGCGUGUUUGUCGUAUCAUGUGUGUGUGAAAGCCUAUCUCCUGCAAUUAGCCUGCCU